AUGGGGUCAACAGUUGAAAAUAGACCUAGAAAAGCUACUUUAAGUAGUAAGAUUGGUAAAAUGUUUGGUGUUUCUGAAAAAAAUUCAAUUCCUGAAUAUAAUGAAGGACAACAAUCACAUGUUCCACAACAACAAUCACAAAUUCAAGGACAAGUACCGAAUAAUAUAUAUCAAACUACACAAACUCAACGAACUACAUCUGGUAAUUCCAUACAAAAUAAUAAUUAUACAACAACAUCACCAACAAAUUCAACUUCAUCAUUAAAUAGUUCAAAUUCUUCAGUUAAUCAAAUGAUUGAAUUUGAAAAACCUUCAUCUAAAACUCCUUCAAGAACUGGUUCAAAACCUACUUCAAGAACUCCUUCAAGACCUCCUUCAAGAAAUUCAAGUAUAAAUCAUUCAAAAAAUCAUACAUUAAAUGGUUCAAUUAAUGAAAAAUUAAAUAAUAAAUUGAAGAAGAUUGAUCAACAAUCUAAAACUGCAUCAAAUUCACCUCCUACUACAACAACAACAAAUAACAAUCAAAGUAUACAAAGUCCAUCACAUUUAAGUAGAUCAUCAUCAUCAGCAUCAACUCAACAAAAUCCUCAUACUUCACAUUCAAAUAUAACAUCAAAUUCAAGUUCAACAAAUUUAAAUUUAAAAACUUCAAGAUUUAUAGUUUAUGAAGAUGGUUCACAUUCACAUCAUUUAAAAAAUGCUAAAAGACAAGAAAAAUUAAGUAAUAUGUUGAAAAAUUUAUUAGGUGCUCAAAAACUAAGAGAUGAAGCUAUAAGUACGGUUCCUGAUAUCUUGUCAAAUAAUCCACCAUCAUUAUUCUCAGGAUUAGUUAAACAAAUUAAUAAUAAUAAUGAAGAAAAUAUUCCUUUUAGUGGUGCUACAAGAAUUCAAGGUGUUUCAAAUUUACAAAAUCAACAAAAUCCUCAAGCUCAUUCUAAAACAUUUGCUGAAAGAUAUGGUAGAUGUCAAGAAGUUAUUGGGAAAGGUACAUUUGGAGUUGUUAGAAUUUCUCAUAAAAAAUUUAAUAAUAGUGAAAAAGAAACAUUAUUUGCCGUUAAGGAAUUUAAAAAAAGACCAACUGAAAAUGAAGCAAAAUAUUCAAGAAGAUUAACUUCAGAAUUUUGUAUUUCUUCAUCAUUAAAACAUGUAAAUAUUAUAGAAACUUUAGAUCUUUUACAAGAUGCUAAGGGGGAUUAUGUUGAAGUUAUGGAAUUUUGUUCAGGUGGUGAUUUAUAUACAUUAAUCAUUGCAGCUCAAAAAUUAGAAUAUAUGGAGGCUGAUUGUUUUUUUAAACAAUUAAUUAGAGGUGUUGUAUUUAUGCAUGAAAUGGGUGUUGCACAUCGUGAUUUAAAACCAGAAAAUUUAUUAUUGACAGAAUCUGGUAUUUUAAAAAUUACAGAUUUUGGUAAUUCAGAAUGUUUUAAAAUGGCUUGGGAAAAAGAUAUUCAUUUUAGUGGUGGUAUAUGUGGUUCAAGUCCAUAUAUUGCUCCCGAGGAAUAUACAACAAGUAAAUUUGAUCCAAGAGCUGUUGAUAUUUGGGCAUGUGGUGUCAUUUAUAUGGCUAUGAGAACUGGUAGACAAUUAUGGAGAUUAGCUAAAGAUGAAGAUGAAUUUUUUGUUAAAUAUUUAGAAGGUAGAAAAUCUACCAAAGGUUAUGAACCUAUUGAAUUUUUAAAAAGAGCAAGAUGUCGAAAUGUUAUUUAUUCAAUAUUGGAUCCUGUUCCAAGUAGAAGAAUUAAUGGGAAACAAAUAUUAAAUAGUGAAUGGGGUAGAGAAAUUAAAUGUUGUAUAUAA